CUUCGAUUAUAUAGUAUAAGAAGCAUAGCCAACUUCAGUCAGAUCAUAGGGGGCAGCAGUUUUUAUGGCCACUCAAACGCCACUCCGAAAAAUGCGUCAUUUGCCAAAUAAUAAAUAAUCCCCCUUAUUAAUUUGUUUUGAUGCAUUGGAUAUGUUGCAUUUGAUCAAAGAAGGAUGGGGUGUGUUAACAGUCGGGCGGACAUUAACGAUCUUCAUCCAAAUAUAUUUCAAGUGAUGAACGUUGAUGAUCUGGGCAACUUGAUAACACCUGGUCAGCUAGAAAUAACAGACUUAGAUAUAGUUUUGUAUCAACGCGGUAAGCAACCAGUUAAGUGGCCUCUACGUUGUUUACGCCGCUAUGGCUAUGACGCUGAAAUAUUCAGCUUCGAAUCUGGAAGACGCUGUUCUACUGGGCCCGGCAUUUAUGCAUUCAAGUGCCGUAGGGCUGAACAACUAUUCAACCUUGUACAAACCAACAUUCAGGUUUGCAACAGUAGCGGAGAUGAUACGAUAUCGAGGGAACUCCCAGUUGCAUCACAUCCAGGAUCGACGGUAACAAUGCGAGUAAUGAUGCCUUCGGAGCCCAAUUAUUUAGACCCAACUCCUGCAAGGAGCAACAGUCGAAUAGGUCCGAGAUUUUCUCACAGCCAGCAAAAUGGAAUUGGAAGAUUAGGCAGCGUUGGAAGCAGUAGUGGUCCCAUGUCACCCCAGGGUACUAUGGGGUCGCCAUCACCACCACCUAUGCUGCCACCGCCACCUCCAGUUCCCCACCCUCCUCCGUCCUCUCUCUAUGUCAAUGAAGAAGUGCUGACAUCAGCCACAAUCGAACGAGAACACAAUAAUAACAAAAGCCUUAGAAGAACUAUGCAGAGGUCUUGUACAGUGAGUAGUACCACGUCUAGUAGUGGUUUUAUGGCUUUGGAACCUAUGGCUCUACCUUUAGCCACCAGUCAAGAAUCCAGCUGCCGAAGUAGGCCACCGCCUCUUCCAAUGGCAUCUUACAUAAAUGUUGAUUUGAGCAGUGAUGCCAGCCCACUCUCUCCGUCGCACAGUAUUUCUGAUUCAACACCUUUGCGAGAAGAAGCUAGCGAGCUUGACGGUGCUCAACAUGCCUACAUGAAUAUCAGUCCCGGGCAAGAACAUUAUGAUACUGCAACCAGUACAAUGCGCACAUCGUUACCACAGAUACAACCUGACUGGGAGGAUGAGCCUAGGCAUUGCUAUGCAAAUCUUGAAUCUAGUGAUAUAGAAGGAUUGAGGAAAAGAUUCUCAGGGAUAUCUACUGCUGAGAAGUCUCCGCUGCUUCCCACCACUCCACCUGCUGGGCCAGUCAGAGAGGUGAAUUAUGCAGUUCUGGACCUUGACCAAAAACAUAACGCAACAGCUGUGAGCUCAGAAGGUAAUGUGAAUCCUGCAAAUACUCUAAUUCCACCUGAUUCACCUAACAAACCGUUAAAAGGGUAUGCGACAAUAGAUUUUAAUAAAACUACGGCCCUUUCUCAUUCUGUUAAUCCUAAUCUUGUCAAUGACAAUGAGGGAUCUCGGAAAACCAGACACAAUUCAACGAUCAAUGACUUGUCAGCUCCAUCUAGACAUAGCUCAUCUAUUAGCGAGUGACCCAUACUAUUACGUACCUUUAUUACGCUACAGGUAUUUCUGAAGAAAGUUUCUUUAAAAAACGACUCAUGGCUUCGUACAAUAUGCCUGCUUGUAUAGCUUGUCACGUUUGAACAAGAAUUUCUCACAGAAGAAAUGUUGUAGGUAGCAUAAAUACGACUCUAAAUAAAUUACUGAUCUUUUUAUUGAUAUGGGCUAUGUUUCUAAGAAACUAUACAAUUUUUUAUCUACGACUAUGUUGUGAACAUGAUAUAAGACAACAAGAUGUAUUGAAACUAAUGAUUCAAUUAAGUUUUCUCAUUUACAAAGAUACAGUGAUAUUCAUAUCUCUUAGCAAACAUAUUUAAAAAAAACUAGGAGGUUUGAAUGUUAUACGAUGUAUCGAAAUACCAAGAAUUCAAUCUAAAGCUCAAUAUGGAUACAGAUUCAUAUUUUAGUCUACCCUGUAUUUUCAUUUGAAGUGUAACCCGAUGGGUUACGCCUUAUCUCGAUCGUUUUAGUACCCCUAAUAAAACAAAUUUUCAGCAAAUAUUUUCGUACUAUAUAUAUAGUAAUGAUACUGUGUGCAGCUGAAAAAUGAUCCUUCUCAAAAUGAAACAACGAAACAGAAAAUUUAAUGCUUAUCAAUGGCGAAUCAUUAGUUUUUUCAUGUAUAAACAAAUUUUUGGUUUCGAUUUUCAUACUUCAUUUUUUAUUUCUUAGAGAGAGUUGGAGGCUGACCUUUUCAAUUGAGGAAAAAAAAUGCUCAAUAGUACAUUUACUGUUGAUAUUGUAGUGUAUAUCUUUAAGUGUCAGCUGAUGAGGUUUUCCAUUCUAUUUGAUAUAUUUCAAUUCUACAUAUUACUGAUCUUAUAUCGUGUACAUGCACAUACUCGUAUUGAUACAGUUUAAAAGCAGUUGACUCAGUGAUAUGAUACGUAAAUGUGAUAGGUGUAAGGCCUAUGAAUUGAUAGUAAAAUAAGUACCACAAGACUCGUUCGAAUAUGUAAUAUAUGUUUGAUUGGUGAGGAGCUUGAGAGACAUUCUGCCAAAAUUGUAAGUAGCUUAUUUUUGGACCAUACGGCUUUUAUGUCUGUUAUUUAAGCAUAGACAAAACGUUAUUUACAACGUAAAUUUUUUUAUUGGAAUCAACUAAACCUUCAAGAAAUCUGCCAUUUCUGAAAUUUUACUUUAAUGCUCACAGAAAUAUCUUAUCAAUUCAUGUCAGCAACGUAUUGCUCAAAUUAAUAGAAGCAGAUAUGAAAAAAGAAUCGGAAUAUUUCAGGAAUUUCAAGGUUCAAAAUUAUUUAUAUAUUAAUAUGUUACACAUAUGUACGUUACUGCUAAUGCAACCUUACUGAAGUCUUGAACGAAAUUAGAAUCUAAUAAUUUCACGUUCGUCACAGUGUACUGUUUUCACUGAUCAAUGCCAUGCAUAUCGGUAUGGAUGGUCCCUGGUCUGUAAGAAAUACUUAGUGUAGCUUUCCCAAAUUGAUUAGAUAUUUAGAUAAUUGUAAGAAAUAUUUAUGUUAAGAGCCAAUUUGUAAAUAAAGUCUAUAACUUGUUUCGUACGAGUCUUGUGUUAAGAAAAUAUUAUGUAACAGACAAUUAAUAGCAGUGGUAUAUUAGGUAUAGGUAUAUGCCAAAAGAAUAUUAAAUGUAUGUAUAAUACAGGCCAAAGAAAUUAGCAUAACCAGAUUUUUUAAUAAGCAAAUAAAUUUCUGGUACUUCCUUUGAGGACAUAAUAUAUUUUUAAAUAUUUAUUCACAAACGUUGCAUCAAAUACCUGACAGCAUGUUGUUGGUGUUUCAUACGCACAAUAAUGAGAUUCAUCAAAUUACAUAUACACUGAAUAUAUAUGUAUAUUUUUUUCCUGUUUUUGAAUCAACGUACAUAAUCUGGCAAAUUUUCUACACAAACGGGGAAGUGAAAUUGAAUAUUUUGUAAUUCGGUUUUACCUUUAUGUCCUCAAUAUGAAUGCUUACCAAAGCGCCAUAGAGCACUUGCUCUCUAAUCGAACUAAAUGAAAGAUGUAUAAAACUAUUUUGUAAUCAUAAUUCUCUAGACAAAUGUACAUUGGAAAAAGCACAAGGUUUUUAGAGAUCAAGUAUUCCAUUCUGAUAUACAAUAUGUUAGACAACCAUAGAGAAUAAUUACGAGAUUUGAGUUAAUCCACAUCCGUAGAUACAAUCUGGUUGCAAUGAAAUAAUUUCUUCCACAAAUACAAUAAUUCCAUCCCAAUUAGUUCGGAUUUUUGUGAAAUUUGAAGGUGAUUUAGAGACAGUUCUAUAUUCCACAAAUAUUUUAUCAAGUAGCAUGACAAAAGUCUGAAGAAAUAUUGGGGUGAAAAUGAAUUUCUGAUAAUUGAAAUACAUACUGUGAUUUAGUAAACUAUAAUUAUAGUGAAUUUUAUAACUUUUCUUAGGUAUUUUAUUUAUUUUUGCAUAAAAUGGCAGCAAUUAUAAUUAUUUUAAAUGUCUGAAAUCUUGCGAGCUCUAUGGUAUACUAAUAUAUUAGCUUCUGAAAUCAUGGUGAAAUAGAAUUUUGGUUAUAAUGGUAUGGGAUAUUCAAAGCAUACCGCACAUGUCAUCGAUAGUAGGGAUCUCCUUGUCAGGCAUAGACAUUGCUUAUGGCCUAUAUUAUGUUAUUUAUUAUUUUUAUAAGCUGUGCGAAAUUAUAUUUAGAUGUUAACCAAGAUGAAAAUUGUCAUAUACAUAUGUAGACUAAGCAUUAAAUUCUAGGUAUCCAAAGUUUUGACCAGCCAAAGAAUUUAUCGAUUCUGUUGCUUUAGCUCAGUGCAUGAUUUACCUUUUGUAAGAUGUUACUUUUUAUUAUUAUUGUUGCUAUUAUUAUCAUUAUGCAUAAGUAUGAGAUUAUAAAAGCGUACUGUUAUAAUCUAAGGAAAUAUUGUGACAAGAAAUGGAGCAUUGAGAUAUAUACGGGGUAAAGUGUAGCCUGAAAUUGCAGAUCCAAUUGAUUUGAAUAUCUGUAGCUAUAGCUUUUCACCAAGCCUAAACAGAAUAAACAUCGAACUGAUUUUAUUAAAAAUCUAUUUAACAGAAAUUUUACAUGAGCAAAUGAAUGAAAUAUUUCUUAUCCCCGAUAAAGCAAUGUAUUUAGAAACAAAUUUUGUAAAUACAGUAGUACUUCUAAAUCUCAUCCCCCUUAUUUCGACAACAGGUCGUGCCAAAAAAAUAAUAUUUAUUUUGUAAUUGUACAUUCUAAAUUAGCAUAAAUAAAAUGUCAAAUUAGCUGUAAAAAUUAAGAAUAGAUGAAACACCUCGUUAAGUUGGAAAAAAAAAUAGAAAUCUAAAAACUAAAAAAAAAAGAAAUAAAAAAAAACGCAAGUACCAAACAAUAAAGAAAGAAGCAUUGCUCCAUUUUUUCAGCUACAAUGACACAACCAUGUUUGCUAUAGGCAUGUACAUCGAACUGAUUUUUUAUUGAGAUAAUAAAUAUAUUAUAUGUAUGCAAAAUUAGGUAUUAGAUCUAUAUUACACAGUCGAAGUAAAGGGCCACUCUCAACUGCCAAAAACUUAUUGAAGCAGUUUUACAUCUGUAACAACUUCAACUUGCGACUCAACUACUGCUACACUUUUCGCAACUCCUCAAUGAAAACUUCUUUUUUGCUAGGAUUCAAACACCUAAUUUAAUCUCUUGCAAGAUUUCGUUAUAAUCGUGAAUAAUAUUACACAUUCCACCUCUGAAACUGAGUUCCUAUAAAUGAAACAAAA